AUGGAAGAUUUUGAUGUAUUUACUAAUGAGAUUGAAUUCACAAAGCCAUUUUAUGCCAAUGUUCUUAACAAGUAUGUAAAAGAUAUACCAUCAACUCCCAAUGGACCAAACUACCAGAGUGACAGAAAACUGUAUGCUGAAGAGUGUCUGGGAGAAAGUAAUGAAGCAGAUUGUGCUUUCUAUUUAAGUGAAUCGGUAUCUGCAUCUCUAAGGACAUUGGCUGUGUACAGAGAUGAACAAUUGAGAACAACAGGUGAUAAAAUUCAAAAAAUUACAAAUUAUGUGAAGCCAAUUCAGGAUUUGAUAGAAUCUCAACCGAUCUCAAAUCAGAUAUCCAAAAAUGAAGAAAAAAUUCUUGACUUCAUAUCAAGCGAAGCUAAACAAACUGCUGACAUUCUUAGGAAAUUUAAAACUGAUGAUGAUCUUCCAUUCUAUAUGCGAUAUAUGAGAUUCAGCUCCGAGAAUAAAACAGAAAACUUUCUAAAAAUACUGAAAGAACUUCCUAAAGAGUGGACUAUAAUACAAUUGACAGCACCAUACAAUCCCAAUGAGAAUUUGAAGCCCCUAAAUGAAUACCGUUGUGAAAUUGACUCUAUCUAUUUGUCCAUGUUCACAAAUGAUUAUCUUGAUUUCAAUAGCGUUGGGCCUCUCACAGUGGAAAUACCAGCUAAUAUCAUAAAAGAAGGAGAACAGCCACUCUUCACAGAAUUGUAUUCCCUGCUAGAGGAAAACUACAAAACCAUUGACAAUGCCCAGUUUCUUAAUAACAAACGCCUUGUGCAGAACUAUUGGAGCAAACGAGAGGAUAUUGACUUGAGGAUGAAGAGUGUAAUUAAUGUGAUGGAUAAGGAAUGGUUGGGUGGAUGGACUAGUCUUCUUACUGGGAAACUGCAAGAUGAAACACUGCGAGAUAAAGUCAUAAAGUUAGUUGACGCUACUAUAUCUGACUGGGGGUUCAUAAAGUUAACCACCAAGCAGAAGAACCUACUCUAUAACUUGAUAGACAGUUGUCAUUCGUUGCCAUCACAACAAAUAAAGUCGUGUAUAAGGAGAAUUUUAACUGAACAUGGUAACACUAGUGACAUUAGAAAAGUUAUAGCGACAAUCGAGUGCCAAAAUUGUGAUAAAGAAUUUCGGUUUCUGAAAGAGUUAUGCUUGAAGUGUUUGUCCAAAUGUUUUGAGGCAAUCCAUCAUUUUACCUUGGUGGAUGGUAUAAAAGCAUUUUCGCAAGCGGCAACACAGGUUAAGGAGAAUGAUGAAUGGGCAGCACUAAAGAAGGCUAAAAGAUACCCAGUUAUAUUAAUUAUUGAUGAGAUGUUGGACACAUUUCCUUGGGAAAUGUUGUCGAUAUUAAAUCAUCAGCCCGUGUCGAGAAUGGAGAACAUACACUUCACCUAUCUUCUUUACAAGAUUCACGAAAAGGACUUUAUUGAUGGAUACUUUGCCGCCAAAUCCAACGUCGGCAGAUACAUUAUUAAUCCAGAGAAGAAUCUGGAACGCAUGGAGAAGCGUAUGGCUUCAUUUGUACAGUAUUGGUGCUCGAAUUGGACUGGCCACAUUGGCGAACCACCAUCGCCUGAAGACUUCCUGCGAUAUUUGUCCGAAUCGGAUAUAUUUUUGUACUGUGGUCACGGGGAUGGAUGCCGGCUGGCGGGGUGCGGGGGUGGCGCGGGAGUGGAGAGCGUGCCGGUGCACGGGCUGGCGCUGCUGUCGGGCUGCGGCUCCGUGCGCCUGGCGCGCCCGCCCGGCCGCGCGCCGCCCGCCGCCGCGCACCACCACCUGCACGUGGCCGCCAGUCCGAUGGUAGUGGGUAUGCUGUGGGAGGUAACGGACCUAGAAGUAGACAAGGUGGUGAGCACGCUGCUGUCACUGUACGUGCCUUCGAAAGCCCAAUUGCCCUGGCAGUGCAUCGGUAAAGCGGCCUGGAGUAAAGGACGCCUGGACACAAACGUAGAGCAGAAGACUCCGUUCGUGCCCGAGCGCGACUUGUUGCGUGCAGUUUCGAGAUCUCGUGCCGCGUCCAGCUUCACGAUGAUUGCCAGCAGCCUGGUAGCGAGGGGAUUACCGAUACGUAUAUGUGAUGAUUAG